AGGUUGGUAUGUGAGCUGGGGAUCGGAUCUGCAGUCUCCAUCUAGACCGCGUACGAGAAAGCGUGGAGGAGAUGCGCAACGAGCGCCGCGGCAGGCCGGUCGGCGCAAGCAGACGAUGCUUUUCUCUGGGCCGGAAAAGCCAGUGGCCGCGCAAGAGCAGCGCAACUGCGCGAUAGCGAGACUGUCCUAGGUCGGCACACUCGCUGCUGCUGCUGGCCAGGCGGCAGUCCGGCCGCGUCCGACCGCACCGCUAGCAGGAUGACUGGCGUGUCAGCGUCUCCUCUGACACUGGCAGACAGGCUGUACGUUUACGCUCUGCAUGGCUUCCUCGUCGAGGUGUUAUUUUCGGCCACGUGGGACUUCGUCUUGAUGCAGAAGUGGACGCUGGCAGGCUGCUCAAACGUGUGGUCGCUGCCUAUUUACGGCAUAUCCGGUCUAGUCAUGGAAGCGCUGGCGGACAAGAUGCUGGCACGCGGACUCGCGUGGCCCCUGCGCGGUCUCGUCUACCUGAUGUGGAUCUACUGCUGGGAGUACUCGUCCGGCUACGUGCUGCGGGCCCUCAACGCCUGUCCCUGGGACUACUCGGCUUUUGCCUAUAACAUCAACGGACUCAUCACACUCGAGUACGGCCCUCUGUGGCUGAUCGCCUCCCUGAUCAUGGAGAAGUUGGUCAUUCAGCGACUGUCGCAUCUCAGGUGGCACCCCAAGCCGACUGUCAAAUCCUUCAAAAUCAAUUGAGGCGAUCUAGCCCUUGAACUUUAAUUCACCAUCAUCUGUUCUCCUUGCAGUCGAGACUGAAAUAUUUGGAAAAGAAACGAGAAAGAUCUAACUCAUAGGGGUAUCCAUAGACUAGAAAAAAACAGUUGAAAUUAGUUUUGUUUUGCAAGUAUCUCUUCGUUUGGCCGAUUUUUUUCAACUUUUUUAUCCCCGCCAGCACACAUUUGGAACACUUCCGCUCUAAUUUUUAAUUCAACGCUGCUACUGUGAAAUUAACAAGGAAAAGAGAUUUCAUCUGAUUUGUCGCAAACCAAAAUCGGCCAAACAAAUCGUGGCAGGUAGAAUUCGUGAUCCAGUUUUAAAAUUAUUACUAUUGUGUCUUCUCAGGCAAACAGAUUUUUUAAUUUUGUAGUCUCAAAUGUUAAGAAAUCGAGCUUGUUAUGUUAAAUGCACCAAAAAGAGAAAAUCAAGGCCUGAAAAUACCGAAUUAUAAAAGCUCUGAGACAUGAUGAGAUUUAGCCUGACUGAUUCCAAUCAAGUCUUCUCACAUUAUGGUGGCACAAAAGUCAACGAUUAGUUGUUUCCUGUUCAAUGCUUUAAUUUGGCUGCGCUAAUUGUUAGUUAAAAUAUAGCCGCGCCACCUGCAUGAGACCUAUAUUCAGGGCAUGUACUUAUCAAAAUCUUGAGGACGAGGCUUUAAAACUCAAACAUAUUCCCUAAACAUUUUCAUGAAUGAGGCAGCUGACUUGUCGUUAUCAGUGUUUGUUUACGUCCAAAUUGUCAAGACACUGCACAAUGUACCAAAUAUUCAACGCUCCUUUUCAUUCAUAUUUAUGGUACCUAUGAUAUUGAAAAUUUAUAGUUCGUGCGUGUUCAGCAAACGUUACAUUCAGCUCCAUUUUACGAGCUUUUAAGAAAAGCAUUUGGAUUUCAAAGAAAUGCUCUCUUGUUGUUAGUGACUUUUGCAAUUAUACUCGAAUAGCGGUUAAAUAGUUGACUUGCAUUCCUGCUGUAAGAUCCAUUUUGGACUGUCCUCUAUUUCAACUUAGCCAAAGGAAGUAGCUACUCUUUAUCAAAAGUGUACAAAUCUAACAUAAACAUGGACUGAUGUAUGUUGUUCAAUGUUUUUCCUCCAAAGUGUAAUGUUACGGAAAUACACGCAGACUCCUUAAUUGCGAGUUGAAUUAAA